GCCAUUUUAGUCUUUAUUAUCACUCCCAUAUAUAUAUAUCUAAAGUUUGUCUCUUCAAAUGUACUAUAUUUUUAAAUUGUUAGGUUCCUUUUUUCUUUUAUUUUUUUUGUUUUACUAUCUGAUCUUAUCAUUUCGUAACCUUUCAAAUUCUUUUAUCUAUCACACAAAAUGACCUCCAUUUCUGAUUACUCAACCUCAAAUAAAAUCCCUAAUAUUCUCAUAAUUGGCGUUGGUGGAGUUGGUUCAAUCAUUGCAUAUGGCUUAGAUUAUAAUAAAAAAUCAAAUGUAUCUAUUCUCGUUAGAUCCGACUAUACUAAGGUUGUAAACUCUGGUUAUACAAUCGACUCCUGUGAUUACGGUUUCAUUAAAAAUUGGAAGCCCAAUUGUCGCAUUUUUCCAGAUAUUCAAUCUUCUACCUCUUUAAAACCUUACGACUAUAUUAUUAUUGCUACCAAAAAUUUACCUGAUAUUAUCAAUUUUGAAAAAAUAAUUAAUCCCAUUGUUGAUGAAAAAAAGACAACCAUAAUUCUAUUCCAAAAUGGUUUUGGCAACGAAGUUCCCUAUCUUCAAAAUUAUCCAAAUAAUAUUAUUCUAAGUGGUAUUUCUCAUAUAGGCUCUCACAAUAUUAACACCUUCAUUACUCAAACACAAAAAGAUAAAUCCUUCAUUAGCUACUUUUAUAAUAAAAACAUCCCUUUACAAAUUCAAAAUCUCAAAACAAAUCACUUUAUUUCAAUAUAUUCCAAUGAAAAAAACGACGUUAACUAUUUUCCUGAUGCUCAAUAUUAUAGAUAUAGAAAACUAGUUUAUAAUGCUUCUCUUAACACAGUUUGUGCUUUGACAGGUGUUGACACUGGAAGAUUAGAAUUCUUUGGAGGUUUAGAUAAAAUCUCCAUUCCUAUCAUGUAUGAAAUUAUUGGAAUUGCUAAAGCUGAUAACGUUGAAUUACCUUCAGAUGUCAUCAACUCAGUUGUACACUCUGAUGAUGGUGAUUACUUUCAGCCUUCGAUGUUAGUUGACGUGAAAAAAGGGAAUCCAAUGGAACUAGAAGUAAUUUUAGGUAAUUUAUUGAGAAAGGCUAAAUAUUUAAAUGUUGACUGUCCAAAAUUAUCGUUUCUAUAUGAUUUACUUCAAAUUGUUCAAUUUAGAUUAAAAGAAAAUCGUUGUCUAAUUCCUCCAUUACCAGAAAAAAGACCAAUAUAUAAAGAAAAGUUUUAUAGUUAAUUAAUUUAAUUCCUAUAGAAAAUAUAUCAUUGAUUUAUGUUACACAAUAAAACCCAUUAAAAUCAUAACCUAAUCUUAAUUAUUAUCCCUAAAUAAUGUAAAC